GCGGUGUCGGCCCCGACGGGCCCGAGGCUGGGCCGGGCGGACGCGGCCUCCCUGACUCGUGUGAAGUUAGGGCUACUCUGACCUACGACACUCUCCGGUUUGCCGAGUUUGAAGAUUUCCCUGAGACCUCAGAGCCUGUUUGGAUACUGGGUAGAAAAUACAGCAUUUUCACAGAAAAGGAGGAGAUCUUGUCUGAUGUGGCAUCUAGACUUUGGUUUACAUACAGGAAAAACUUUGCAGCCAUUGGGGGAACCGGCCCCACCUCGGACACAGGCUGGGGCUGCAUGCUGCGGUGUGGACAGAUGAUCUUUGCCCAAGCCCUGAUCUGCCGACACUUAGGCCGAGACUGGAGGUGGACACAGCGGGAGAAGCAGCCCGACAGCUACUGCAGUGUCCUCAGCGCCUUCAUCGACAGGAAGGACAGUCACUACUCCAUUCACCAGAUAGCGCAAAUGGGAGUUGGCGAAGGCAAGUCUAUAGGCCAAUGGUACGGACCCAACACCGUCGCCCAGGUCCUCAAGAAGCUUGCUGUCUUCGACACGUGGAGCUCCCUGGCAGUUCACGUAGCGAUGGACAACACUGUGGUGAUGGAGGAAAUCAGAAGGCUCUGCAAGACCAGCCUUUCUUGUGCAGGGGCUGCUGCGUUCCCUGCAGGUUCUGAUGGGCACUGUAAUGGGUUCCCUGUGGGAGCCGAGGCUGCCAACAGGCCGGCGUCAUGGAGACCCCUGGUGCUUCUCAUCCCCCUGCGCCUGGGGCUCACAGACAUUAAUGAGGCCUAUGUGGAGACGCUGAAGCACUGUUUCAUGAUGCCCCAGUCCCUGGGGGUGAUCGGAGGGAAGCCCAACAGUGCCCACUACUUUAUUGGCUAUGUUGGUGGGGAGCUUAUCUACCUGGACCCCCACACGACGCAGCCGGCGGUGGAGUUCUCUGACUGCUGUCGCAUCCCUGACGAGAGCUUCCACUGCCAGCACCCGCCGUGCCGUAUGAGCAUCGUGGAGCUCGACCCGUCCAUCGCUGUGGGGUUUUUCUGCAAGACUGAGGAUGACUUUAAUGACUGGUGCCAGCAAGUCAAAAAGCUGUCCCUGCUCGGAGGUGCCCUGCCUAUGUUUGAGCUGGUAGACCAGCAGCCUUCCCACCUGGCCUGCCCUGACGUCCUGAACCUGUCCCUAGGUCGAGAGCCCCCCUCCUGGCCUGCUCUGACCCACCAGUCAGGGAGAGGCCAGCAUCUCGACUGGGCAGUCCUAGCGUCCUGUGCCCCUCCCGCCGGCGGCCCUCGGGCGUGGGGCCGCACGAUUCUUCUGAUGUAGAGCGACUAGAAAGAUUCUUUGACUCAGAAGAUGAAGACUUUGAGAUCUUGUCCCUUUGAAAAUCCUGGGGUCAGCGCCUUUGAGAGCCCAGCCCUGCCUCGGGGCACUCGGUGCACUGCAUCUCAUCCAUCCAGCCUGCCAGCCUGCCUGCUGAGUGCUGUGUGCCCGUGUUGCCUCUGCCCAGAGGGCCGCCCACUCUGCUUGUGGACUGAGGACUGCGCUGCCCUGAAGGCCUUACUGGUUGGAGUCAGACUGCCCAGCUUGAAACACUGGUCAGGGCUUGCAGGGUCCUCAUGAGGAGCUGCCCAUCAGAAGCCCAGUGCAGCCAGGUCAGGAGCUUGCAGAGUUCUCCUCUUGAUACUGCCAGCCCUGAGCUAGUACAUCAGCCUCGGUCCUGCUUCCUCCUGGGCACCCGGUUCUGUGGUUUGUUUGGAAUUAAAGUCCUGUUGGAAGUUGUUCAA